GCAUUCCCUGCGGGGCCAGUUUUGUUUUCUUGUGGUAUUUGCAUUUCUCGGCUUGGCGCGGUUCUUGUCUCUGAGGCGGGUCUCAGGCAUCGUUGGUGGUGGCAGGAGCAGCGUCAGUAGUUUCCCUCCGCUGAGAUAUGGCUGAGAGCGGGGACGGCCGGUCCCCCUCAAGCCCGCUCUCAGAGCCAGAGCCAGAGCCGAGCCCUGGCCCGCCGCCGCCGCCGCCGCCUCUGCCACGCCUGGAGAAGCCGCUGCGCCAGGCCUUCUACAACACGGGGGCUCUGGUGCUGGCGGGGCUGUGUUGUGGGGCGGGCGUGCUGGUCUACUUCAUCCUGGAGGCCUUCCUGCGGCCGCUUCUGUGGGCCGUGCUCUGCGGCACUUUCUUGCACCCCUUCAAGAACUCUCUGACGGCGCUGGGCCGGGGCUGGCUGCGCCGGCUGCGCCACUCCAGCACGCCGGUCCUUUUGGCCGCUUUCCUCCUGCCGCUCUCUUUUGCCAACGCCGCCGCCGAGGCAUUGGGCAGGCAAGUGUUCCGCCGGCGCCGGCUCCUCAUCCUCCUGGGCGCCGGAGGACCCAUCUCGUACGGCCUCUGUGUCCUCGGCACCUCUCUCGGAGUGCAGGCCGCCCUGACUCAGGUCGCCUGGCUCAUCUGCCAUGCGCUGGACUACUUCAGUAGCCUUUGGAUAUGGACCUUGAUAGCAGGCUAUCUACUGACGGUAUUAUUCAAGUGGAACCCAAGCACUGAACGUUACUUGAGAACCAUCUCUGUUCCUGUCUGGAUUCUAAUGCUCUUUCAUUUGGCUUCUGCAGCAGGCUCAUGGAGGAUUCCAGUGUUUUUUGUUAUAGUUGUCUUAAUGACGGUGGGUAUGUUGCAUGAGCAACCGAGUGGAAGACAGUCUUCAGGGGCAGAGCUUCCUGGUCAGAUGAUUUCUAUUGCAGCGUCUACAAUAGCCAUGGCAAUAUCAGUGACAGGGUAUGAAUCAAGUAAUGAAGAGCACCCAUCACAUUUCUCAGGAACUCCAGAAAGUAGUGAUCCUUCUUCACCUUCUCCAUCCACUGUGAGCGGCAGACAGAGACCUGAGAUUGGAGCGCUUCUUAAAAAGAAGAAAACAAGUGAUAUCUACUUUGUUUUGCUGGCAUGGGCCAUAGUAAUAGUCCAAAUAUGGUUGAAUCUCUGGAUCAUUCAGUUGCUGCCAGUACCUGUAGCAGUGUGGGUUGUCAAAAAACUUGUGGUCCACUUUGGAGUAGUGAAAUUCCUGGUGAGUCAUUGCAGCAGCUGGUGGCAUUUCCUUGAAGACUUUGUGAGAGAGCGCCAAGAAGCUCUUGCACCACGGCCAAUCAAGGGCCUCGGAAGAGUCAUUCUAAAACUAGACAGUAAGCUGUGGCAUUGGCUUAAUAAGAAGAUGAUCGUGUGGUUGGAGAAGAUGCUAGAUAAAAUCAUUAGCAUUUUCAUCAUAUUUGUGUUAGUGAUAGGCACUCUCCUCCUAGCUCUGCUCCUCACAGCAAAGGUGCACCAAGAAAGUGUACAUAUGAUUGAAGUCACAAGCAGCUUGAUCAAUGAAACUGUAGCCAAUCACCCAGAAUGGGCCAAUUGGCUUCCUGAAGCUCAGGUUAUUCAAAAGGCUUUGAAUUCAGCUGCCAAUAAUGUCUAUCAAUAUGGCCGAGAAUGGAUAACACAUAAGCUCCAUAAGAUAUUAGGAGAAAAAGUGAACAACACUACUCUGAUUGAAAAACAAGUUCUCGAGCUCUGGGACAGGCUAUAUCAUUCUUGGUUUGUGAAAAAUGUAACUCAUUCAGGAAGACACAAAGGACACAAACAACAUUUAAAUCGGCAGAACAGCUGGCCAGGUGACAUGCUUGAUUGGCAAGAUGUUGCCUCCUUUGUUCAUGAGAACAUUGAGACAUUUCUUUCGAUCCUGGAAUCCCUCUGGAUAGUGAUGAGCCACAAUGUGAGCCUCCUUUUCACCACAGUUACAACUUUAGUAACUAUUCUCUUCUACAGUGGCACCGCUCUUCUCAAUUUUGUACUUUCACUGGUGAUUUUCCUGACUACAUUGUUUUACCUUUUAAGUUCCAGUGAUGAAUACUAUAAGCCAGUGAAGUGGGUGAUCAAUUUGACUCCAUUGUCACAGCCUGGCCCUUCCUCUAAUAUAGUUGGCCAGUCUGUGGAAGAGGCAAUAAGAGGUGUAUUUGAUGCAUCCCUCAAAAUGGCUGGGUUCUAUGGGCUGUACACCUGGCUGACUCAUACCAUUUUUGGAAUUAACAUUGUCUUCAUACCUUCAGCACUGGCUGCAAUUCUUGGAGUUGUUCCAUUUCUGGGAACAUACUGGGCAGCCAUACCUGCAGUUCUAGACCUCUGGCUUGUACAAGGAGAAGGAUGUAAAGCUGUGCUUCUCUUGGUUUGCCAUCUGUUGCCAACGUAUUUUGUAGACACAGCCAUCUAUUCGGAUAUAUCUGGAGGAGGCCAUCCUUACCUGACAGGCCUUGCAGUAGCUGGUGGAGCAUAUUAUCUAGGACUGGAAGGAGCCAUUAUAGGACCCAUACUCCUUUGUGUACUUGUGGUUGCCUCUAAUAUCUACAGUGCUAUGCUUGUGAGCCCAACAAAUGCAUUGCCCACACCAUCACAAAUGCCUUGGCCUUUGCAGAUAUACCGGCCCUCUAGAGAAAGUCCUGAGGAACAGAAAGUUGCCACAGAAUGACACACAGAAUAUUUCAUCUAUUCUUUAGGAAGAACUCCUGUGAGCAGCACUGAGCUCAGGAGAGCAGUGACCUUUUGAUCCCUUCUCCAGCUGUGCCUCCUGGCAGCUUUCCUGAUGCAGCAUUCCCUUUUGAGCAUACCUGCGGACACAUGUUGCCUUAGGUCAUUAUGUACAUUGCCUUUGCAAGCAUCUGCUACCUGUUUUUUGCCUCUUACAGAGAUCUAGGACUUGGGUACCUGGUUUGCCAAAUAAUUUCCCUUAAAGUCUUGAACCAAAUUUUGUUCACUUGAGUCUGGAUUGUAGCCUGUUAUAAUUUCCAAUUUGAUAUUUAUACUUUUGGUUAUCUACAUUACUAGAUUUUAUAAGUUAAAAUCCUACAGCUUUUACUCUUAGAAUAUUCACUUUUGUAAGGAUGUAUAGAUGUUAAGCCAUUAAAAUCUAGCAGCUGCUACACGUUAAGUAUAAUUUUGUGCUGCUUUGUAAAAGAUGUCUUGUUGCAACUCUGUGGUCACCGUUUUAAUCAACUUAGUAAGACAGUAAUACUGAUCUUGUCAGGAUGCUAUAUUACUAAUGACUAUGUAACAGACAUGUAGAUUUAUUUUCUGUAAGACUUGGGGAGGAUGCUUAUUUAUAACAGCUUUGUAACUUACCUUUUUCAGCUAACUCAGUUAAAUAACUCUGUUGGUAUAUUUGAAAAACCUUAAUCAGUGCACUGAAGUCAAAACAGGCAAUGUACGCAAAAUAAUUUGUGCAAAUUUACUAAGGUGCUUAAAUAUUUUCAAGGUAAUGUAGCAUUGGAUUAAUAUAUCUAGCUCUUACUAGUGGUGAAGAAUAGGAUGUUUACAUUGUAUUUUUAAAAGUAUUAACAGAGUAAUCAGGGUGGAAAGAGAAAUCUGUUCUAUAGAUUCUCUGGGUAUGUCGCUUAGGAAUGUGACUGUCAGCAUCAAGUUAAAAAAAACCUUUGUAGGCUAAAGUGUAUAGCACAGGAAUUUUCCAUGCUGGCUAAAGGUUCUUGACUUGAAAUAUUGAUUUGUUAGCACACCAAAGAAAAUGUUGGCAGAUUUUGUGGUUUAAAAGUCAAGAGGUGACAAGCUAAGGACACUCAAAAAUACUUGUCUAAUGAAUGGAUUAAGGCAAAGCACUUUUAAUGGUUAUACUUGUGUAAAGCAAAGUAAAAUCAUAAUAUCCAAGGGUCUACUUUCAGUUUUAUUGUAUACCUACUGCAUGCAUUUCACUCCUAUAUAGCUUCCAGUCUGUUAAAUGUGUCAACAUUAGACUACUCAGAAACCAAAGGAUUUGAUCCUAUUCACAUUAGAGGUUAUAAACAAGUUUGUUAUGGCAUUGUGUAUCUUAUGGACUGUUUUAGGACCAGUGGGUUGUUUUAUUAUUAUUAUUGUUGUUGUUGUUGUUGUUGUUUAUUAGGUAUAUAAAAUAAAUAUUAUAUUGUGAGUUAAAGCCAGUCAUUGCAGUUCAGUGCUGCAUGCAGAAGAAAUCCCAUAAGAUAUAAAGAAGUCCUGUUCUGUCCCUCAGUGCCACGCCCAACUCACACAGAUGGGUACAUGCUCCCACGAUCCUGAAGGCUGUUGCGGGGAAUGGGAAGCCUAAACACACCAACCAUAUCCCCAUCUCAUCUGCCUUCCCCUGCUUAAUCAGGGAACUUAGAACUCUCAUUCCUUACCUGAGUGGGGGUGGCUAUCUGGCUGGAGCUGUGGAGACACAGCACAGGUACCCAUUAGCUGUAAUGACCUUGUGUGGUUCUGUAUAUGUGCAUACAGAGGGUGAAGGAGGCAGCAGGAUUCUUCCACCCUGUGACUAUGCCUCUGCACUGCACUCAUUGUGGACUGGAUCAAAACUUAAAUGUACAGAACUUAAAAUGAAAUAAUGUAUAAAUACCUAUGUAGAGGUCUCAAAAGAUGAGUUUGGAAAAUGGAAUCCAGAUAUUGGAAGAAAUGUAUAUUUUAAUGUUCACAUUUUACAAGUUGUAAGCAACUAUCAAAUGCCUGUUUUGAGGCCCCUUUUGAACACUGGAAUUUGUAUUAAUUUCUUGGCUUAGCAAGUUGAAUCCUGUAGAUUAGAAGGUUCUGAGAUCAGCUCUUGCAUACAUUGAAAUAAAUGAGCACAAUAGAUUGUUUCAGCAUCCUGGCCAGAGAGUUCUAUUUCAUUCUAUUUGUGAAAUUAAACAGUUGACAAUAUCUAUAUUUAAUUUAACAUCAGCAGUUAUAAAAGAUUAAUGAAAAUAUGACUAUGUUCAAACAGCAGUGGAAAUGUUGGAAUGGUAUGUCAGUGUAUGUCUUAGUUUCUGAGCAAUUAUCUGGUUUGCUUUUGGGUAGGGUUGCACCUUAAAUAGAUUACUUAUGAAAACUUCAGGUGACAGAUACUGUCUUAGAAGAGGCAUUCCCCUUUCAUACAGGAGGAAAGACCUCUUCUACAAUGAUAUCUGCUGUGACACAUACAUACAUUAAAAAUAAAGGGUUUUCCUUAAUACUGGUUUUUAUUUAUAUGCAAGAUUGACAUAACAUUUUAGUAUGAACCAGUAUGGUGGUGUGUGUGUGUGUUUAUGAAUGUAAUCUAUUUUAAGCCAUUUUAAUACUGUAUUAUAUUGUUGUGACCCACCCUGGGAUCUUUUGGUGAAGGCAGGUGGUGGUGAUGAUGAUUAUAGGUAAUAACAACAGAAAAGAUGGUGAUGAUGUAAAGGAGGUGUUCCUAAUACUUUGUUGAGAAAUUAGAGGCCCAUCCAUGUAUUACUAGAGUAGAGCAGUAUGUGUGGCUUGUGUGGAUAAGAACAUCUUCCAUCAGCAGUGCAUCCUUUUAUUUAUUUUAUUGUUAAUUGCUUUUCUCACCGAAGUUAUCCAAAGCAACUUAUAUUAAAACCAGUUAAAAACAAACAUAAUCAAUAAAACCUAAAGACCCAUCUGUGCAUUAAAAACCAGUUAAAAACAAACACAAUAAAUAAAUUUAAAAAAAUCAAAUACAAAUGAAGGACAGGUCUACCAGUCCCACCCCAGUAUAAGAGGACAGGAAUAGCUGAGUCCCCACACAUUAAGGGACAAAAGCUGGAUAAAGAGGAAGGUCUUUGACUGGCACCUAAAAAUAGAUCAUGAUGGCACCAGGCAUGUCUCCCUGGGGAGAGCAUCCCACAAGUGGGGAGCUACCACAGAAAAGGCCAGCUCUUGUGUUGCCACCCUCUGAACUUGAAGUGACAUUGGAACCAGACAUGCAGAAGCAGCUGCCAUGCCACUCUUGUAACAUGAAUUGGCCUUGGGUACACCGUACCUUCAGUUGGCUUUCUUGACUGGAGCACAUUCAUUGGCAAGAUGGGCCUAAUUACUUCCCUUAGGAAGUAUUUAGCCACAGUUGUAUUGUGUGUGUGCUUGUUUUUUUAGGGUAGACCUGUAUUAAAAGAGUCUUUCCUCCAAACUUCAGGAUUGCCCGUCUGAAUGUUCUUUUUUCCUUCUGCCUUUUAAAUGCAUAUUGUUCAGUGUAACUUUCUGAACCUCUUCUAUAGAUAUAGUAAUAUUGUUACAUGGUGAUCAGUAUACUGGAGAAAGAAAAGUUAGCAUUUCCAGUAACUAGAAAACUAUCACAGAGGCAACAAAGGUAUUUGGGGAUUCCAUAUCUGUAUUGUAAAUCUGUACAUACUCUGUGUAUAUAACUGUAUGUUAUAUCUUCAGAUUCCUUUAAACGGACCAUCUUUAUUAUGUCUCAGUGAAAUUUUGAGUGCCGUUUUGUGACCCUGGUUGAGGAAAGGAGCAUUUUCUGACGAAAGUAGAAAAAAUAAUAGACACAACAUUUGGCUAACUUGCAAUGUAAUCCCAUGCAUAUCUGCCCCUAAGUAAGCCUGUUGAGUGCAAUGAAGCUUACUCCCAGGUAAGUGUGUUUGGGAUUGCAGCCUAAAUGAACUGCUCUUAUAGAAUAGUGGCAUAAAACCACAUUUUUUCCAAACAAAGUAUUUUGGAAUAUACCCUUCAUAUUGUAGUAUAAGGUGCUGGAUAAUGUAAGAUGCUGGAUCAUUUCACCAUCUUUGCUUUGCUACCAAUUCAUCCUCUUCUGUGGUACUAUCCAAUACACCAUGAUACAUUAAUGGAAUUUAUUUGCCACUGAGAAAGUCAGGUUGUCAUGUUUGCAAAUGUUCUAACAAUCCUGAAUUUUAGUUAGGAGAUAAAUUAUUACAGCAUUGACAUCUUCAGUCAGUGAAAAACACCAGGUUAUGUCAUGUGACUGGCAGAUCAACAAGUGUCAACUUACCAGUACCUCUUUUUACAGUGAAACUUUAAAAAAAUCUUCAUUUGGCACAAGGUCAAAAGCAAUCAGUUCUUUUAAAAUUAUCUUAGUGUCUUACAACUUAAAUGUAAUUUUAAAGCCAGAAUGUGAGCAAAUUUACAACCUCAUGCUUUGGGGCAUUAUUGUAUUCAGGCUUGAAUGCAAGUUAAUUUUCAUUUAGUAUUAGUAAUAUUUAUACUUGUGAUCUUUACAGUACCUUUCCACACAUACAGCCAUUAUUAUAUGCUGGACUUCAUAUGAUCAGGAUAUUGAUGUAUUCUCCCACAUGUAGUUUUCUGGUAGAAAGAAGUAGUAUCACUCUUUCCUAGAUUCUUACUGAGGGAUGAUUCACACAAGGUACUGUACUAUUUUCCUGUUGGUAAACUGUGUGUACACUGUAACAUACACUAUGUUCUAACAAUCCUGAAUUUUAGUUAGGAGAUAAAUUAUUACAGCAUUGACAUCUUCAGUCAGUGAAAAACACCAGGUUAUGUCAUGUGACUGGCAGAUCAACAAGUGUCAACUAUGCUCACGUGUCUCUUCUAGCAAAGUGUGUGUGAAUGUAGUAGGAAACCACAAAGUUCAUGCAACAUUUAUACAUGGUCAAAUGCACAUGUGUAUACAGUAAAAAGAUAAACAUUUUUCAUCAAUUACGGUGUACCCCAGUUUCUUAAACUCAAAGUAUAUUUUUUCCAGUUGGUUUAUUAAAGACACAGAUGUAUUCAAUCUUCAAAAUGUGGGAAGAUUUGUAGAAAAACUACUUGGUAGUAUGCUAAAAACAAUGGUCCUUGGUUUCAGUUCUGGCAGAAUGAAAUUGAGCUGCUUUUGGGGAGAAAUGGUGGAGGUUGGUUGCUAGAAUGCCAAAUACACUGGACUGCAUAAUUAAAAAUAUGCAUGACUUUCACUACUGAGAACUUUUAAUUUCUUGGAGACUGUUGUAGAGCAUUUAUGAUAAGCUUUUAUCACAGCAUAUUUAAUUUUCACACCCUUACAAAUU